AAAUCAAUUACGAGGAUUAUUAUUUUAUUUUAUUUUUUGUGAAAAUUUAAUUAAUCAACAAUUCCUUUCUUUUUCUUUGAUAGAAACAAUUCGUUUUUUGUAGAGCACGAGAUGUCUGUCAUAAUGGAGUUGAAAUAAGUAGUAUCUUCCAUGUGUGUUGUUGUUUUUUUCUUCUUUAUUAUUAUUAUUAUUAUUAUUAUUAUCUUUAUUAUUAAUUACUUUUUUCUGGGGAGUAGGAAUUCUAACAAUCCCCAUCUUUUUCUUCACUACUAGAGAGCUUCACAUGAACAAUUAACCAAAAAAACUGCCAAAAUUGGAGAAAACCCAUGAAAAUUUUUCUGGGUUUUCUUAGAUUUUAGUAGUAGAGAGCAUUAUCAACUUGAAAUUGAAUAAUGGGUGGUUUUUAAUUUUUCAAAUUUUGCUUAAAUUCACCUGCAUUUGAUGGUGGUGGUCCUGAUUUCCAAAAAAGCUGCUACCUUUAGAAUUUGUGGCGUUAGAGUUGUCUUAAUUACUGAUUCUGGAAACUGAUUUUGUUGUAUAUCAGCAAUGAGAUUAGGUUUUCAACAGAAUGAUUUCGACUCAUCUACUGGGCAAAGUCUCUCUGACAGUUUCAGAAAGUCUACAUCUGGUUCGUAUUAUUCUAAAGUCUUUGGAGAAGAUGACACUUCACCUGCACACGGUAUGGAUGGAAAUUUCAGGAAAUCUAAGACUGGUUUGCAACAAAGUGAUCCGGAUUUGCACUCGACACAAAGCUUUGAUGAAAGUUUCAGACAGCCAAAGCCUGGAGUCUGCAAGGGUUCUUCUGGCUUGGCAUCUCUUAACAAGUUUGCUCCGGUCUCCAAAAGAGUCUAUAAGGCGCUCAAAGAUUGUGCAAGAAACCUAGUUGACUCUGAACUCUUUAUUGAGAGCCUAGAGGAUUGGAUUUUGGAAAAUUCUCUUACAGAUUCUAACCAUGGUGAACAAUAUUCAUUUAACUCGCCUUUUCAGAUUGAUGAACUCCGCCAGCUUGACUUUGCUCUGGAGGGAACUUUUUUUCAGCAACUUUUCCGAAUGCCAACCUCCGCUUACAGCUCUAGUGAUCUGAAAGAGGAGGAAUUUUUUGCUCUGGAAGACUUCCUUCACACUAUGGCUGAUGGUUUGUGGCGUACCUUUUGGCAUAAAAGUUCUCCUUCGCCAUUUCUUGUUUCUUGUGCUCGUCAUCCUCGAUCAAGGUUCUAUACUCUAGAUAAAGCAAUAUCAAGGGGGAAAGUUGCAGAUCUUUGUGGUGCAGCUCUAAUCGCAAGAGAAGAAAAUGACGUAAAUAUUCACUGGGACCAAGUAGUUCAAUUUUCGUUAUUCAAACCUGAUAUAAUGCUGGGAAACAAAUUGGGGAUCUCUUUAAAUGCUCUAAGUGAAGCCCUUUUCUAUGGCUUUCAUAUACUUGUUUCUAGAAAGUUGAGCAAGCGUUGUGAGUUUAAUGAUAACUCUGUUUAUAUACUUGUUAUGGAUUCUAAAUUUGGAGCAGUGGUAAAGUUAACGGGAGAUGUUCGCCAUCUUGAACUCAACAUAGACAAUCCAUAUCAGGCAGUGGCUGAAUGGAUGAAGAUUCAUUCAGAGGUCAGUGUUUCUACAGUAGAUAGAAUCUGGAAUAAACUAGGAAAUGCAAAUUGGGGGGACUUGGGAUGCCUGCAGCUUCUCUUGGCAACAUUCUACUCUAUUGUCCAAUUUGGUGGUUCACCAAGGAAAUCAAUAGCCUCACUAGCAUCAGAUCACUGCCUCCGUCUUCAGAAACGGAGAAUAGAGUGUCAUCUUCUGGAGACUGAAGCCAGGAAGCAUCCCUCUCAAGACUAUAUCACACAAGGUGAAAGAGAAAUCGUGGAACUUGAGCAUGAAAUUAAUCCAGCUAUUAUGCAUCAAGCAUCACACUUGAUGCUUCAAGAGGGUGACAUAAUACAUGUUGAAGAUCAGCAACAAGGUGAAAAGAGCUUUCAAAUACAAGAACCAUUGAUUGAUGAAAAUUCCUUUUGUUAUAGUGCUAUAUCACUAGAAAAUCCCACGCAGUUGUUAACUUUAUAUAUGGGUGCUCAUCCAUCUAGACUAGAACCAUCAUGGGAAGAUAUGAGUUUAUGGUACCAAGUACAAAGGCAAACCAAAGUUUUAAACAUAUUGAGGCAAGCAGGAAUUUCGAGCAAAUAUUUACCCGAAAUUGUCACGUCUGGAAAAAUGUUGCAUCCAGGUAGUUGUAAGAAGCAAAACCCAAAUGAGAAAUGUGAUCAUCCACUUUGCGGAACUCCAGUUCUUGUGACAUUUCCCAUUGGGGAGCCUAUUUCAUCCAUUGUUUCUCAAGAUGGGCCCUUUUCCUGCGAGGAGGUGAUCCGUUGCUGUCGAGAUUGUUUGGCAGCCUUGAGAAGUGCAAAAAGGGCAAAUGUUCAGCAUGGUGAUAUUUGCCCUGAGAAUGUGGUGCGUGUUAGUGAUGCUCAGGGCUCAAGCAGUAGCUUCUUUUAUGUCCCGAUAUCAUGGGGACGGGCUGUUUUGGAGGAGAGAGAUGGCCCUGCAAUGAAUUUGUUCUUCUCGUCAUCCCAUGCUCUUCAACAUGGGAAGCUUUCCCCCUCAUCUGAUGUAGAGAGCCUUGUUUAUUUACUGUACUUCUUGUGUGGGGGUAAUAUGCAGCAACAAGAUUCUAUAGAAUCUGCUCUGCAGUGGAGGCAGAGGAGCUGGGCUAAGAGACAUAUCCAGAGGUACCUCGGUGAAGUUUCUACUAUACUGAAGGCAUUUGCUGAUUACGUGGACACCCUUUGUGGAACUCCUUAUCCAGUUGACUAUGAUGGAUGGCUAAAAAGGUUGGAUAAAGUUGUUAACGAGUCAGCUAACAAGGGAAAACUGGUUGAAGAAAUGGCAACUAACAUGAGAAUUGAGGAUGUUGCUGGUUCUUCGGGAAUCUCUGAAAGCGGUUCAUGACUUUCUUGCUGUGGUGAUUGUACUUUGAAUGAGUUUCAUGUUUUGUUUAUGUAUUAUAGCCUCGAAAACUACCAUUAGUUUAUCUGCAAUACUGGAUUGCGGCUGUGCAAUGUGCGAAUGUUGUGCAGGUUCUAUUGAUCGAAUGACCAUGUAAUAGUUCAGCUCUACAGCUGAACCUAGUCUCUCUUGGAGAUGCAACAUAGUUUGUAAAUGAGCUAACUAGGCUUAAGUAGAUGAGUAGGGCAUCCAAAUUCCAAGGUGUUCAUUUUUGCACAUUCAUUGAACAGCAAUUGUACUGAAAGCUGUUAAAUCUUUCUGACAUUUUCAAA